AGGAGGAAGAGGGAAGGAGUUUUGCUGCCAGUUCGUUGGGUUCUGGAUUUCCCCACCUCCUCUAACUUGGUGGUGGCUGUCGCCCUCCGGUAUUUGGGAACCCGGCACAAAGAAGGGUCUGGAGAGAGCCUGAGGGUCGUGCUGCCAUGAGCAGCCUCCAGACACUGCUGCUGCUGCCUCUGAGAGGGCCAGUCCCAGCUGCCUGGCUCCGGUUCCGGCUCAGGAUCGGACUCGGGCUCGGACUCCAGCACUUGCGGGCGCCGAUCUCCGGCUGCUCAGCGUCCCGCCUACUGGGGACAAAAGUCGGGGCCCGCGGGGGCGGUCCAGGGAGAGGAGAAGGAUGCGAAGUGACACGUACGGUGCGGAUCGGCUGCGCCUCCGCUUUCUGGGGAGACACGGCGGCCUCAGUGCCUCAGCUGCUGUAUAAGGGAAAGCUGGAUUUUUUGGUAUUUGAUUAUCUUUCAGAGAUAACUAUGUGUCUGCUAACUGCUGCAAAGUCCAAAAAACCAGACCUGGGUUAUGUUCCUGAUUUUGUGCAAAUUGCAAUGGCUCCAUAUAUUAAAGAUAUUCACAAAAAAGGCAUUCGUGUUAUUAGCAAUGCUGGUGGGACCAAUCCCCUUGCUUGUGCUAAGGCUCUUCACAGGGUGGCAAAGGAAGCUAAUGUGGAUUUGAAAAUAGCAGUUGUCACUGGGGAUGACAUAAUGGGCAAGAAAGAUAAUCUAAAAGGAUCAGGGAUUACAGAUAUUGAAAAUGGAAAGCCAUUUCCAGACACCAUUCAAAGUAUGAAUGUAUACCUUGGUGCAAGACCCAUAAGCCGAGCCCUUGACUUGGGUGCUGACAUUGUUCUGACUGGCCGAUGCGUGGACAGUGCUAUUGUGCUAGGACCACUCAUUCAUUCUUUUGGCUGGAAUAGAAAUGACUUUGACUUACUAGCAGCUGGAAGUCUUGCAGGCCACCUCAUUGAAUGUGGUGCCCAGUGUACUGGGGGAAUAUACACCGAUUGGCAUACGGUGCCAGACUGGCACAACAUAGGAUUUCCCAUAGUGGAAUGUUCUCCUGAUGGACAAUUUGUUCUGUCCAAGCCUCCUGACACCGGAGGCCUUGUGUCUUUUGGUACUGUGGCUGAACAGUUGGUGUAUGAAAUAGGAAAUCCUCAACUCUACCUCUUGCCAGAUGUGACCUGUGACUUUUCUCAAGUCACUCUUACUGAAAUUCCAGGUAUUGAAGGUGGGGCUGUGCAAGUCAAUGGAGCAAAGGGAUCAUCUCCUUCUGCAUCUUAUAAGGUGAGUGCUUCUUACCUGGAUGGUUUCAAGGCAACAGCUGUGUGUCCAAUAGGAGGGCCAAAAGCCACAGAGAAAGGAAGGCGGACAGCUGAAAGUAUUUUGAGAAGAACUCGCCUUAUGUUUGAAGAGCUGGGCUUGGAAGAUUAUGAUGCUGUUCACAUUCAGAUUUUAGGAGCUGAAGACACAUACGGGCCCCAUGCAAAAGCCAGCCUAGGUGGGGGCCCCCGAGAGGUCGUUCUCUGGCUUGCGGUACAACACAAACAGAAGAAGGCACUGGAAAUCUUUUCAAGAGAAAUUGCACCAGCUGGGACAGGAAUGGCACCUGGCCUGACCGGAGUUGUUGGAGGUCGUCCAAAAGUAUCUACAGUUCUGAAACCAUUUUUUUUCCUGUAUCCCCAAAGAAAUGUCAAGAUUGAUAUUUAUAUUAAUGGACAGCAUGUCGAAACAUUUCACGAGGAUCUCACCUUUACAACAGAUGAAUUUGUUUCACCUGAUGUACCUGGGAGAGAUGAUGAGCUGAAAGAUCUACCACAUGGCUCACUGACAUAUCGUUUAGAAGAUCUGGCCUAUACCAGAAGUGGGGAUAAAGGCAACUCUGCAAAUAUAGGCAUUGUAGCACGGCACCCCCUCUAUUAUCCAUACUUAAAGAAAAUCCUAACUGCUCAGGCAAUAGAAGACUACUUCCAACAUCUUCUGCAUAAAGAACAGGCGGAGGAGACUUUAGUCACAAGAUAUGAGUUACCGGGAAUAUAUGCAUUAAACUUUGUUUUGAAAAACUCCCUUGGUGGUGGAGGCAUUGCAUCUUUGAGAAACGACCCACAAGGCAAAGCUCUUGGACAAAUGCUAUUGGACUUCCAGAUUAAAAAUGUUCCUGAUUUAAAAUCCCUAGUAGAAUGACCAAAACAAGUGCAUCCAUUUUGGGAAACUUAAUGUUUCCUAAUAAAAACACAAAACUGAAACUAAAACAAAGGACCAAAGGCGUAAAUAUCAUAAAUAAACAGUAGCAUGGUGAGUCAACAGCUACAUCACCACCAAGAAGUCAUCAGUGGGAGGGAGAGGGUAAGUGAUCCUGAGAAAAAGACACCAAAGCGUCCACCUUCUAUGCAAUAACCACUAAGACUUAGCUUAGUCUAUAUUUAUGUAUGUCUUCUUAGAAUUUAAUGCAACUUUUCUUUAUUUUCUAUAAAAUAUACUUGUUAAAUGAUGGUAAAAACAUGCUUUGUUUAUGCACACACACACACUCAGGAGUACACUUUAAUACCAAAAUCUAGUCUGAGUUGGCUUUAGCGCUCAUCUGUGAGCAAUAUUAUCUUAUUCUUUGUUAUUGGCUCUUCAGAUUUCUUGCUCCUUAUAGUUCAUUAAAGUCCUUGGGGUAGCUAGGUGGUGCAGUGAGUAGAGCACCAGCCCUGGAGUCAGGAGGACCUGAGUUC